AUGUGAUACGCAACUGGGCCGAGUUCGAAGCCCGAGUAUCCGGGAAAGCUUAACCCCAGAUAAACCAGCGGGAUACUCAGGCCCGACUUUCCCAUCGACGUUCCCGCGAUGAUACUCACCAAGUUUGUUUCCCGGACGUAUCCUCUUCCCUGCUGCUGCUUCGUCGGUCAUCCACGGUUCUUCUCCACCACUCCCGUUGUGUUCACCAAUCCGACCUUCACCUCCACUGCCGUCGCUGCCGCAGUUCCAUCGACUCCCUCAAAUGCUCUACCUUUCGGCCCCUCCCUUCACAAAGGGAGUAAGCCACCUCACUUCCAUGCUCCUAUCGUUACCAGCUCACCGGACACCGAUUCUUUGUUUGAAGAAGAGAGCUUCACCCGAGUAUUCAAGGUUGCGGCUUUGCGAGUUCCCUCAGACAUCUGUUCUUUACUUGAAUGCAGGCUUCGAGGUCACCUCCUUAAUUGGCCCCGCAUUCGGAACGUUGCCAGGGUUCCGGGAGAUGACAUUCAAGAGGAGUUAAAACAUUUUAUUGGGAACCGCUCGAAUUCCGAUGUCGAUGGCGAACCCCUAGUAAAUUUGCAACGUAGGAUUUACGGGAAGGCAGCAGAGGGAGAUGGAGACAAGUUGAGUCAGGUGUUGUACAGAGACAAACUUUCCAGAACAUUCAAUUCCAAAGGGUUCGUGAACUUCAGGAAUUUAGCUAAGAUUUCGAGGCCAAAAGAGAAGAAGACGAAUAAGAAGAAGAUGGGGCUGGAGGAUGAGAAGGAGAGAGACACGAAAGGGGCCGGAAAAUAUGACAUGGUAUUGAUUGAGGUGCUUGAUGAAGAGGUGAGUGAAGAUGGGGACCUGAGUGGGCUAUUGGGGGAUGAGUUCAAAGGGAAGACAUGGCGAGGAUCAACUAGGUUGCUCCUUUUAGACGAGCAGUAUGCCAAUAAAGUGUUGGAUGAAAUGCCUGAUGCAAUCAAGGCAGUGUUUAGAGAACAUGCUGGGAGAGGUGAAAGACCUACUCUUGAGAUUGUUAACUGCAAAUUGACAUUGUUUUACCCUUAUUGGUUGAUGGAUGAGGUCUUAGAGGCAAUACUUCCGAAAGGGAUGAUUGUCCCUUCUUCCUUUGAAACUGUUGGGCACAUUGCACAUCUGAACCUGAGAGACGAACAUCUUCCAUAUAAGAAACAUAUUGCAAAGGUAGUUUUAGACAAAAACAAGCCAAGGAUACAAACAGUCGUUAAUAAAAUUGAUGUCAUAGAUAAUGACUACAGGACAAUGCAGCUUGAAAUUUUGGCUGGAAACCACUCGCUUGUCACAAGAUUGGUUGAAAAUGGAGUUCAUUUUCAUGUUGACUUAGCAACAGUAUAUUGGAACUCUAGGCUGGCAACUGAAAGGCAGAGGCUGCUUAGUUCCUUUACUCAUGAUGAUGUUGUUUGUGAUGUUUUUGCAGGGGUUGGCCCCCUUGCGAUAUCUGCUGCGAAGAAGGUCAAAUAUGUCUAUGCUAACGAUUUAAACCCUCAAGCUGUUGAGUAUAUGGAAAGAAACUGUGUUCUUAAUAAAGUUGAGAGAAAAACUGAGGUAUAUAACAUGCAUGGAAGGAGGUUCAUUGACACCAUUUUUUCCAGUCAAAGAACACGCACAAUCACACAAGUAGUAAUGAAUUUGCCAAAUGAUGCUGUUGAUUAUCUAGAUGUAUUUAGAGGACUAUUCAGGAAUAACAACAAGUAUAAAGAACCUACCUUUCCAAGGAUUCAUGUCUAUGGGUUUUCAAGAGCUCAAGAUCCUGAAUUUGACUUUCAUGAGCGAAUAAGAAUUGCGUUAUCAGAAGUAGGCUUUGAGGUAGAGAUGCGAACUGUACGUGCUGUUGCACCAGGAAAGUAUAUGUUGUGUGCAUCAUUUAUUCUCCCCGAGAGAGUGGCAUUCGGUUGAACUAAUUAAGCCAUAUCUAACUGAUCUAGGUGAAGAAUGGUAAGUGCAAUCGUCCCUGACUAAGGCUAGAAAAAAGUGAAGAAUGAUUAGAGCAAUUCUUCCUGACUAAGGUUAGAAAAGUACAGGGAAUGACCAAAUCACUCCUCAAGAGAAUGAGUAUGGCUUCCUCACCCUCACUUAAGGAUUUCUUUUGGAUGGGAUUUUUGAGUGGUUUGGAGGAUAUCUUGAUAUGUAUGUGUAAUAUAUAUUUAUAUAUAUAUAUAUAUGUGUGUGUGUGUGUGUGUGUGUGUGUGUGUAGCGAGAGAGAUAUGUAUUAUAAAAAGAAAUUGAAUGAUUAGUAUGUGAUCAUAUAAAAUUCAUUUUAAUCACC